UCGGCGCUCGAUUGAGGCGCGUGGCAGCCUUACUUCCGGUAUCUGGCUCCGUUACCGGCUUUGGCUUCUUAGGCACACGGUGUAGGCCUCAGGCUGUUUGAACAAUUUAACCCAAAACAUGGAUAUCAGACCAAAUCAUACAAUUUAUAUCAACAAUAUGAAUGACAAAAUUAAAAAAGAAGAAUUGAAGAGAUCCCUAUAUGCCCUGUUUUCUCAGUUUGGCCAUGUGGUAGAUAUUGUGGCUUUAAAGACCAUGAAGAUGAGAGGGCAAGCCUUUGUUAUAUUUAAGGAAUUAGGCUCAUCCACGAACGCCUUGAGACAGUUACAAGGAUUUCCAUUUUAUGGUAAACCAAUGCGAAUCCAGUAUGCAAAAACAGAUUCUGAUAUAAUAUCUAAAAUGCGUGGCACUUUUGCUGACAAAGAAAAGAAAAAAGAAAAGAAAAAAGCCAAAACUGUGGAACAGACAGCAACAACUGCAAACAAAAAGCCUGGUCAGGGAACACCAAAUUCAGUGAAUACCCAAGGAAAUUCAACAGCAAAUCCUCAGGUCCCUGAUUACCCUCCAAACUAUAUUUUAUUCCUUAAUAAUUUACCAGAAGAGACUAAUGAGAUGAUGUUAUCCAUGCUGUUUAAUCAGUUUCCUGGUUUCAAAGAAGUACGUUUGGUACCUGGGAGGCAUGACAUUGCAUUUGUUGAAUUUGAAAAUGAUGGACAGGCUGGAGCUGCCAGGGAUGCUUUACAAGGAUUUAAGAUCACACCAUCCCAUGCCAUGAAGAUCACAUAUGCCAAGAAAUAACGUUUGGGAUAGUUGUCUUUAAAGGACUUGGUGUUAUUUAUAGUGUUUGUUUUGAUAACAUUUGGUCAGGCCAUUUUAAUAGUUUGCGGUCAGGCGGAAGUGAAACUGAAAUUUUUGUGAGGGAUUUAAAAAAUUACCUAGUCUUUCUUGAGCCUUAGUGAAUGAACUAUGAAAUAUGAAGGCCUUAAUUUUGUACAAUAAACUUUUAUUUGUAUUCUA